AUGGCGGACGAAGAAGAGUUUAAGAAAUAUCAGAAGAUCAUGGCAACGAAAAGGACUAGAAAAACAGAAAGAAACAAGGGGAAAGACCGACUGUUACCUGAAAAAUUAACAAUUCAGCGAUUAGCACCGCAAGUUAAAGGAUCUUCCCAGAAGUAUGCACGGAUGGGACCUUUGAAAAGAGUAGAUGUUCUUGAAGACGACAUGUGUGCACCACAAACUAUUGAUGUUGUGAGAAGGGCUUGUAUUGCUGGCUUCAACAUGAAGGGUUUUGAUUGUGAUAUAUUAGAGACUGAGCGAGGACCGUCUAUCGAAACUCUAAACGAGAUCAAGAAUUUUAAUGGCACAAUUUUUGUACGAUUCAUCCACAAACAAUAUAGUGUCGAUGACGUUUUAGGUGGCUCAGACGAAGAAGAUGAGAAAUCAAUGCCACUAAAGUGCAAACUUCCACCAACAAAACGUUGUAAGUCUAGCCAUACCAAACAACAAAGCUCUGAACCAACGAAAUUCAGUGUUGCAAAACCACAGAAAUCCUUUCCUCCUUCUUUGUCAGUGGCAACAAUGUUAAAAAUGGGAAAGUUGAUCCAGCCUGCAAAGCGUGAUACAAUCCAAGUACAAAUUGAAGGAUUUGCGGUCAAGGACGGGUGGACCGUGGCAAAAACCGUGACACUGUCUGUGGAGAGUGAGAGUUUUGCUGAAGGGGGCUUCAGAAAGGCUUACAAGUGUGAAAGUAUUGAUGGAAAAUUGUCAGGCAAAUGGGUAUUGAAGAAGUAUAAAGAAAAUGCCCUGGAAGACAUGAAGUCUGUCAACCUAACAGAAGAAGAGCAUGCAAGAAAGCAGGUCCAGACGCAUACACUGGCCCAAAACAUUGCUAUUCAGAUGCAAAGAAAUGUUCCGGAAACUUUUGGUGAGACAUUUACUUACGACAGUAUGCUCUUUGGGAAAAUAGUGGAAGACAAUGGUGAUGUAUGCUUUGUUACAAUUGAGAGGUAUCUGGAGGGAAGCUUUACCAAGUAUAUUAACAAUAAUGGCAAGAUUUCUUCAAGUAGUGAUGAUGACAUUACCAAGAAAGCAGAAACAUUGAUGCAUUACUCCUAUCAAGUGAGCCAAGGUGAAUGUUUACUUGUUGAUAUCCAAGGAACUGGUUAUCAACUGUAUGAUCCAGAAGUAGCAAGUAAAGCAUUAAUGAGUGAUGUUGGUGGAGCCGACCAGUUGAAUUUCUGCAUAGGUAACCUAUCUACUGAGGCUAUAGAAACAUUUUUUGAAAAACACAAGUGUAGCAUUUAUUGUAUAAUGUUAGGAUUAAAACAGGAUGAUCCUAAAUACCAUGUUUCCUUUGAGAGAUAGUUAUCCAUUGUCUAAUCUUCUGAAGAGAAAGUUGUGUUCUUAACUAGGCAUAUUAAUGCCUUGUUUUAAAAACAAGCAGUUUGUUUUAAAGUAAGUCAUGUUUCAACUCACUUAUGUUUCUGUUAUUUACUUCAUAGCUUUGGGACUAUGAUUAUCUAUAUGAUACAAUGUUUCUAUACAAUGUAUAAUAUUGUAUAUAUACAAUGAGUUUCAUGUAUGGGUUUCAUAUUAUAUCAAUAAAGUAUAAUCUUACUCUUUUUACAGAUAUAAUAAUUAAUUAGAAAGUUUUAUCCAUGUCAGAAAAAAACACAAUGUAAACAACUUCACCAUAACCCAUUAAUGAAAGAACUCUAUUUUAAGCUUGUUUACCUGUUGAUCCCAACAGUACAACAUUAACAAUAAAACACUGUCAAUGGUAAACACAUGAUGUAGCCCAUCAACUCAAUGCAUCAGUCAAGUCUGAACACAAGUUUACAACCAGGAAAACUUGGGGCACAAGAAAAUAUGGCCAUUUAAUUAAAGGAAUGGGGUAUUUGGAGAAAACAAAUUGCUUUUGGCAUUCAUGUGUGUAGAUGCAUGCUAAAAAAUCCCAAACCUACUAUUACAAUCCUCUGAAACCUGAAUCUUUUCUUUUUUAACCUUAUAAACUCUUUGUUUGAACCUUCCUUUCUUUAUCACCAUGGUGACAUUUUCUCAAUAGGCAGUUCCCCUUAUUGCACUGACUGAAAACAACAAUUGUGAUAUUUUGCAAGUAUUAUCUUUGUUACGUCACUACACAUCCAAAAAGCACUCUGGUUGUUGUAUUCAGGAUAUGUAAUAAGGGGACCAGCCAUAAGUCUGGUAGAAAUACAACCUACUGCGGCUUUGGGCUACUGCUUUAUUUCUCUGCGCAAUGUUAAAUAAAAUCUUGCAGCAUCUUUUGAUGGAAUGUUCUCUGGCUCAGGCACAACUGCACAACAUCUUGUUGCAAAUUCAACUGGUAAGUAAUCUUGCUCUACUGCUAAAACCCCUGAAACCCUAGCAACAGCUUGCAGUUCAGCUAGAGACACUUCCCAGCCUCGAUCAACCAUACCAUAUUCCUCAGGAUUGCUAUAGAUAAAAUUGGGAAUACCAUCAGGCAUUAAGGUAUUUUUUUGAAGUCUACUUCUUGAGUUAUUCCACAACUCUAUGAAAAUAUUUACUUCUCUUUGAACAAUUGGAAUGUAUAUGAAGGCCAAGAUAUUUCUAUCAUCCUCAUCUUCAGGGUCGUAGUGACCUCUUUCCCACAAUUCUAGGAGCUGGCGCUUAAAAAACUUUUCCAUCCUCUCGUGUAUUUCUUUCCAGUAUCUCUCAAUUCUGUUGGAGGUAGAACUACCAAAAUGGACGGUGUUUUCAGGGGCCAUAUCUCCAUGUUCUUUGCGCAGAAAUGCAUGUAUAGUAGAUAAGAGUCCUGUUUCGGUCCCUUUGUCGAGUCGCAGCAUGCUUGAAAUUUUUUUGGCUUCAAAAAUAUAGUCAAAGUACCAUCUACCAAUUAGUUCAGGCCUUGAAUUGGAUGUCCAGACCUUUAAAAACAGUACUUUUCUGGAUGCAGUAUCGUAACAGCCGUACAAUGCAAUGGGAAACGUCCAGUUCUGGAAACCCAUAAGUUUGUCAUGCCCGUCCAAACUCCAAACCCAGUUGACACCCUGAGUAACAAAGUUUCCUUUCUUCUGUUUACCUUUCUUGCAUGGCUGCCUUUCCUCCAAACCAUCUGGGUCAUAUUCAUACAUUACAUCAUUUACCAAAUCACGAGGUACUUUGAUAUCAUGAACCAUACGAAGUUUCUUUGCCAUUGCUCGUACUCCAAGAAGUUUUCCUGGUCCUUCGAGUUCAUUUUCAACUGCAUUUUUUACAUCUUGUAAAGGAGUGUCGUAAUUUAUAUAGUUAAUGUUAAAAUGGCGUAGUCGACGAUCAAGAGUUUUUAUACAACCCCAUGCAUACUGUGGGAAUUCUUUUCUCAUAACAAGAAGAAUUUCGCUUCUCUGAUAUGCUUUCUUUACCAAGGAAUCAAGUUGAAAUUUUAAAUCUUCAUCGUUCAUCCAUUCGUUUGUUUGGUACGCCAUUUUGAU